AUGGCCAAGAGAUUUCAUUUGCUAGAGGAUUCUCAAACACAUGACCAUGCUCAUAACGAAGAUGGUAGCCAUAAAGGAAGUCUGAAAGCCGAUAAAUUGUGGUUGAGGCGUUUCCAAGUCGAGGAGCUAGAAAAGGCUACCAAAAACUUUAGUGCAGACUGUUUGUUGGGGUCUGGUGCAUUUGGCAAUGUCUAUAAAGGAACCUUUGAAUUUGAAGGUACAUUAGCAAUCAAGAGAGCUCAUGCCGAAUCAUACCAAAGCGUUGAAGAAUUCAGAAAUGAAGUUAGGCUUCUUUGGAAAGUAAAUCAUCCAAAUCUUGUAGGUUUGGUGGGGUUCUGUGAAGAACCCGGACCAAAAGGUGCAAAAAUAUUGGUUUAUGAAUAUGUACCACAUGGUUCUUUACUUGAGUAUAUCAUGGGAAGAGGUGGAAAAAACUUGACAUGGAGGCAAAGAGUGAACAUAGCCAUUGGAGCUGCUAAAGGAAUAGCUCAUUUGCAUGAUGGGAUUAAGCCAAGCAUAAUCCACCGAGAUAUUAAGCCUAGCAACAUCUUAAUUGGAGAAAGGUUUGAAGCUAAGGUCUCAGAUUUUGGACUUGUGAAAAUGGGACCUAUUGGAGAUCAAUCACAUGUUAGUAGCCAGAUCAAAGGAACACCCGGGUACCUUGAUCCUGCUUAUUGUACAAGUUUUCAUUUGAGUCCUUUUAGUGAUGUUUAUAGCUUUGGUGUUAUACUUCUGCAACUUAUUGCUGCCCGGCCAGCCGUGGAUUCCACUAGAAGUCACCCUAAUUAUCAUAUCAUUGACUGGGCGAGGCCGAAUAUAGAGAGGGGCCACAUCAAAGAAAUCCUCGAUGCUACUCUUUUAUCCAGACCUUGCAACAUGGACAUGAUGUUGACAAUGGGUGAACUCGGCUUAAGAUGUGUGUCGAAAACUCCUAAAUACCGUCCAACAAUGACUCAGGUCUGGCAAGAACUGGAAAAAACACUUUAUUCAGUCGACAACUUGACCAACAAACAACCGUUGAGUAGCUCCAAACCGACCACCACCCCAACGUUUCCUCGACCAACAGAACAAGGAAAUCAUAGAUCAUUUGACCAGGAUUAUUCCCAAAGCUUUGUGAGCAUAGAUGGUGUUGGAUUUCAGAAGUUCCAUGUCGAGUUGGACAGCAUUUCAUCUACCAGCUUAAGAUGUUUUGAGCUCGACAGUGCCAUAUUGCAUGAUAAGAAGAAUCUGAGAGAUCAAUCAAACAAGUAAUUAUAUGUUUUCAGCUU